UACAGGUUCUAAAUUGCAGUAGCAUCCUUAACAUAAUAUCAAAAACCACAAAAGCUGCAUUUAAAACCUUAACAUUCUGUGUUUUUGAGGUUAGAGCUGGUGAUCAAUCACCAUGGCUACGGCGAAAGCCAUUUUUUUCUUAGGCAUUGCUUUGCUAUCUUGCAGUUUGAUAGGUGCAUCGCGUGGCCUUGAGAAUCGCCGUAGUCUCUUGCUUCCAAUUCUAAAUAAUGAUACAAAAGUUUUUGACGUCACAAAAUUCGGUGCUGUGGCAGAUGGCAAGACAGACAAUGUUGAUGCAUUUAGGGCUGCAUGGGGAGCAGCAUGCAAGAACAGCAGUAGUCGAGCAAAGGUUUUGAUCCCAGAGGGAACUUAUCGUACUGCUCAAACUAUGUUCGCGGGACCAUGUAGUAGCCCAAAGCCUAUAACCGUUGAAGUUAUAGGAACUGUUAAAGCCAACACAGAUCCAUCUGAGUAUGUGAGUCCAGAAUGGUUCACGUUUCAAGACAUUGAUGGCCUUGUGUUGACUGGGAGAGGAGUUUUUGAUGGUGAAGGCCCUGCUAUGUGGCCACUCAACGAUUGCAGGCAGAUCAAAACCGAUUGUGCUCCCCUCCCCUCUUCUCUGAAAUUCUACAAGGUGAACAACUCUGUGGUGACAGGCAUCACUUCGUUGAACAGCAUGCAGUUCCACUUUCACGUUCAUGGCUGUAGCAACGUUUCACUGUCUAAACUCAACAUAACAGCACCGGGAAACAGUCCCAACACAGACGGCAUUCACAUAAGUUCCAGCGACAUGAUCAAGGUCUUCGGCAGCGUCAUCGGAACCGGUGAUGACUGUAUUUCCAUUGGGCACAGCACCACUAACCUUACUGUCUAUAACAUCACCUGCGGCCCCGGUCACGGCAUCAGUAUCGGAAGCCUUGGCAAGAGGCCGGAGGAGCGAACUGUCAACGGCGUAACCGUUACCAAUUGCACGUUCGUGAACACCACCAAUGGUGCCAGAAUCAAAACCUGGAUCGGGACAGUGGCAGCGGAAGUUAAGAACGUUACCUAUGAAGACAUCAUCAUGAAGAAUGUUCAGAAUCCCGUUGUCAUCGAUCAGAGCUAUGGCUCCAGAUUGUCCAGAGCGCCAUCAACUUCGGUAUGGAAGAUCAGCGAUAUUCAUUUCCGGAAGAUAAAAGGAACUACAGUGUCAAACAUAGCAGUGUCUCUCCAAUGCAGCACUCUGAACCCGUGCGAGGGUGUGGAGGUUGCCGAUAUAGAUUUGGGUUAUGCUGGUCGAUUGAAUACAACUUUCAUAUCCUCUUGUUCAAAUGCAAAACCUAUUUUUGGAGGGAUAUUGAAUCCACCACCAUGUUAGAUUUUCCACUUUGUUUAUACUUUAAGUAAACGAGUGAGACAAUUUGUCACCGUUACACCAUCAGUAUUUAUUUUUGGAAAA